AUGGCGCACCUACGAGGUGGAUCAGUGUCCAGAGGUUCUGCCGCCGCUAGGAUCGAAUCAACCAGAGCUAUCAACAAGUCGCUUAUUCGCUGCAAGAUCCUUCUCGAGUGUGGAAGCACCGCUGACUUCAACUAUGACCACUGCAUCUCACAAUGGCAAGGGGAACAGUGCCCGAGGCCUACCGCUUCGGUCCUGUCCGGCUCUAGAGUAAGGAUAGCCACAGCUCUCUUCCACGCCGAUCACGCCCUCGACCUCGCUUCGUACCACGACCAACCCCAGCUGGUUGCAAAAUCCCAGCUCUUCCGCGGCCACUGUUUCCGCCGAAUGGCCCAAUGGGACAAGGCAUACUGGUGUUACGUUCGCGCGGCAAGCGUGCGCGAGUUCGCGGCCGAAAAGGGGCCAGAAGGACUAGAGGCUUCAACGAGAGAGUGCCAGAGGAGGUUAGGCAGAAGGAAAGAGAGUCACCACUCCAGCGCUAGCGAGGAGAUUAGUAGUGGGUAUGGAUCAGAUGACAUGGUAUGCCGCUCUGGAAAAGAACACGAUCUACAGAAGUUGAUGGGGAAGGAAGAGGAAAAGGGAACACACUCACUUGAGCUAGAUAUGGACGACAAUGAUCAGCAUAGCCGUGGUGACAGCAUCUCAUGUGAUUACCCAAUUCAAGGCAUUGCUGGUAACGUCUCCGGCUUUGCGAGCCUCCGCUCAAGACAAGGUUCAGAAGUCGCCGAUGGGACCCCAACGGCUAUGAGUUUGAAGGAGAUGAUGAACUGCUAUUUUGCUCGGGUCAAGAGCAAAGACACCGCUAAAAACGACGCCGCUUUGCCCACAACUACAUUGAGAGAUCUAUCGGAGGAACAGUGCAACCGCUCUUUCUUCUUCUCUGCGAACCAAAGUGCCUUGCAGUACCAACAUGAUUACAGCGAAGUUUGCUGUAUCUGCGACAACAAAUCGAGGCAAGAAGACGGCCAAGGAUUUUACUCCCUGGUCUACUGCGUCUACGACUUUGCGACUGCUGUACAGUAUGGGUCUCAGCUUCCUAGACGUCAUGUGCAUCUUGGGCAUAAUGUACCUGGGCAGCUGGCUGUCUUCUGA